UUGCUUUUGCAUUCCAUUUGAUAGAAAGGGGAGGAAAAAGUAAUUAUUGCAAACAAAUCUUAAUUUAUGAAAGAAAAACAUAUAUAUAUAUACAUAUAUGGGUAAUAUGGACGAAAGCGUGAUACUGCUAGACGAUUCACAGGACAGUGUGGAGAUUUUGGAAGACGACGUGGAAGACGGCGAGCUAAAAGAAGAUGUGAAAGAUUCCGCCAAAAACAAGGCACAUAUAACAAUAAACGACAGUCAGGACAUCAUCGAAGAAGAUGAGGACACAUUGGUUUUUGAAGUGAGGUUCCGCAAGGAGGAGCACUUCGCCUGCCUACAAAAACAAAUGCUUGAGGUUUUGGAACGCACUUUUGCGGAGAAGAAAUUGAUCUUCCGCGAUAACCCGGAGCAACUGGCGAUAGCAGCCUUUGAAAAGAACAAUGCAGCAGAGGAGGAGGAAGCACUAGAAACGCAGGAGGCGCAAGACACUGAAGAUCUUUUUCUUAUCGAUACCAAGCCAGCGGUCAAGCUAAAUGCUUCCCAAGUGCCUUCUUACAAACGAUGCAAUUCUGACAGACUAGACGAAGAGACCGAGGAGAGGAAGAAACUCAAAGCGGAGGCGGUCAACAAGUGCUUCCGGCCCAAGUCGCAAUCCUCCUGCUUCAAUUGCGGCGAAUCAGAUCACUCUCUUCGCGAAUGUCCCAAGCCCAGGAACAAUGCUAGGAUAAUGCGGGCCCGAAAAAAAAACAAGCGUACAGAACGAUAUCACGUGGACACGGAGCAGCGGUUUGGUCACAUACGCCCUGGGAGAAUUAGUACCAAGACGCGCCAUGCCAUUGGUUAUAGUCGCGGCCAAUUGCCAUUUAUGUUCUACCGCCUAAGAGUGUUGGGCUAUCCGCCUGCUUGGCUGGAAGAGGCCAAGGUCCAGAGCUCGGGUAUAGCUCUGUUUAAUGCAGAUGGCACUGAGGUCACCAAAUCUGACGACGAAGAAGGAGAGUCGGACACCUUCAAAUACGACAUUAACAAAAUAGUCGACUUCCCUGGCUUCAAUGUGCAGCCCACUGGCAAGUUUUUCGAUGACUUCAAAUACCACAACGUGCCGCCUUUCCAAGAAAGUCAUUCCAAAGAGAAUUUCAUAAAAUCCCUUGGCGAAAACGUUAUAAACGGAUAUAAGCGCAAGAAGUUAGUGGAUCUGCCUGCCCCGCAUGACCAAGCUCCCAUUCCCAAUGAGGAACAGACAAGUUUUGGUGAUUGCGAUAUGGAUAUUGUCGACGAAGCGGAAGAUCCACCAUUGCCCAUAUCUGUUCCGGCUCCGCCACCACCUCCGCCCGAAGAUGACAAAGAAGAACUGAAUAAACGUUCUCCAUCACCAAGUCUGGAUGAUUUGAAGGCUCAACAGGAAAAGCUGCUGGAACAAUUGGAGUGUAAUACGUCACUAGACACGACGGCCAAUGAAUCUAAAUCACAGUCUGACCUCGACGAAGCCACCGAGCUUGCAGCGACUGCGGUUAACUCCAACAAUAUUGAGCAGUCCCAAUCAGCUCCAUCCACUCCGUUCAAGGCUUCCUAUGAGGGAACACCGUUGCUCAAAUUCUCCAUAUACGAUCGACUGCCAGAGGGCAACAACUUCAAGGUGGGCGUCAGCGAUGUUAUAAACUUUGAAAACCUGCCCGACUCCACCGGAAAGUAUGAAAAAAUGAAGGGUCUGCUGAAAAGCGUGCGCGAAAAGAUGGUACAUCUGCAGGACGAGAACUGACGAGUCCAAGGACGAAAGACACAAAUCACAUCAACUCCCGCCCACCAAAUGUACAUUUUAAAUAUCUUAAAGGCUUUUGUACAAAACCAAUACAAAACAAAAAUCUCUA